AAUCUUUUGGUAACACUGCUUAUCACUAUUGAGAAUGAUGGCUUCCUGUCAUUCUUAUGUACGGAUAUUUUCGUAAUUCUUUGUAUCAUUAUUUCUUUUUCAGCACUUAGAAACUUUUCAAUGAAAUCAUUAUAAAAUUAGAUAAUCAAGAAUAAUAGUAUUCAAAAAAAACUUUCAAAUUCGAUUUUUAAAUAUAAAAAUCACUUACCUAUGUGACAUCCCAAGUUAUCUGCUUUAUUAAUAAAAGAAAUGAUAAAAAUUGAAUAAUUAAUUAUGGCAAUGACUAUGAGAAAACGGAGUGGUUCAGGCUCCAAACGUCAACAUAAAGGAAAGCUUGUACCAAUUUAUGAAAGCUUUUUUAAAGGAGAAGAUUUAACAUUAGCUCAUCCAAAUUUUUGGAAUGAAUUAUUCUUAAUUAAACCUAUGGUUCCACAUAUUGAAAGUGAAAUUUUACAUAUGACUACAGAACAAUUAAAUGCAAGUAGAGAAAACUUAAAUGCUUUAGUUUGCCAUUGUGUAGACACAUUAGUUGAUGAACAUCCUUUCAGAGUUGUAUAUGCUUUACAAACUUUAGCAGCUGUCAUUCAAUCUAUGUAUAAAAAAGCUAGUCAAGGUGAUUGCGGAUUUAAUUUAAUAGACAUCUUAGUAGGAUUUGAUUCUGCAGAACAGAGAAUGACAACAUUAAUGCAACAUUGUAAUAAUUUUUUAACAGGUGAAUAUCCUGAUAGUUUAAAAGCUUUGUGCUUGAAAUUAUUGUUAAUUAUUGUUACUGGCAUGGACAAUGUUAGUCAGAACACUUUAUUGGAAUAUGUUAUGCUUAAUAGUGUUUUUGAAUCUCUGGUUCAAUUGCUAAGGGAUACAACAGCUAGAAAUCGUCAUGGACAUGAUGCAGUGUUGCUUUUAACACUUCUAGUCAAUUAUAGAAAGCAUGAAAGAGCAAAUCCUUAUAUUGUUAAGUUAUCAAUUUUAGAUGAUGAAUUAGCUCUUAAUGGAUAUGGGCAAGUUAUAUCAAGUUCAUUGAUGGAAUUUUGUAGGCAAUUUGCUCAACAAAGAGCAGAAAUACAAGCAUCUUGGUUAUCUUCCUUAACUAGUAUAGUUGGAAGCAUGUUUGUUGGAGAAGAAGAAGCAAAAACACAACAAGUUCGCGCAAAUAAUGCAUUGUUAUUAGCACUUUAUGAAGCAACGCAUUUAAAUCGUAAUUUUGUAACUACUUUGGCAUAUACACAAAGUGAUACGAGUGCUCCACCUUCUCCAAAUAAUACAUUAGGACCAAAUGCUGUAGCUCCUGGAGCACAAUUACCUGAUAUAAUGGCUCAGCCAUUUAAUUUAUUGGCUACAUUUUUACAAUAUUGUUCAAUAGUUAUGCAAGUAAUCAGAACAGAGGCAAUAAUGAAUAAUGUUAAGUUGUGCUUUCUCAUAUUAAGUUGUAUUGCAGAGGAUCAAUAUGCAAAUAGUUUGAUGCAUGAUGCAAACUUAGCAUUUAGGGUACAACUUCAUCGAGUACCGAUGCAUCAUAGAAAGAUACAAGAUAAAACGGCACCAGCUCAACCAUUAGCAGCUACUUUACUUGAUUUACUCGUUGAAUUUGUUACAUCACAUAUGAUGAAAAAAUUUCCAUUGGAACUUUAUCAUCAAUGUAUCGGAGUUUUACAGAGGUUGCUUUGUUACCAAAAAAGAUGUAGAAUUAGACUUGGAUAUCAAUGGAGAGAUCUUUGGACUGCUUUGAUUAAUUUACUCAAAUUUUUAACGACACACGAAAGUCAUCUUAUUAAAAAAAUGAAUAUUUUUCCAUUAGCUAUUCAGGUUGUGAAUAUUUUAAAUCUAUUUAUUACAUAUGGAGAUACAUUUCUAUCUUCUCCUAGUAGUUAUGAUGAAUUAUUUUAUGAAAUAAUACGAAUGAGGCUGAUUUUCACAAAUUUGAAUGCUAUGGCACUCCGAUAUUCAACAAGUGAAUCUUACGAAUAUAAAGAACAUGCAUUAAAAUUGACUAAUUGUUUAGUAAAUAUGAGAGAUAUAGUAAAUCAUUUUCCACCAAAAAUAGCAGCAUGGCUUGCAAGUGAAAGUUUGUCUACUCCAACAGAGCAACAAAUUUUAGCUAUCAUAAUACAAAAUUAUGAUAGCCUAACUUUAAAAUUGCAAGAUAAUUUAGAUCAAUAUGAAAGAUAUUCUGAAAAAUCUAAUCAUGUUGCUUUUUUUUGA